GAUCUCGCGGGAAGUGGCUGAGGGGGCGGCCGCCGGUGCGUCUGCCCUCCCGUUCCCCGCCUCCGCCUCCGCCGCGGCCCCCGCCUCUGCCUCCCCCUCCCCGGCGCCGCCGCCGCCCCCUCCCCGCCCGGCCCGGCACCCCGAGCGGCCGCGGAGACCGCGCAGCGCGGCAGGCGGGAUCCUCACGGCGGCGGAGCCCGGGCGCAGAGACUCGGUGUUUGCUGUUGACGAAGCGCGUUUCGAGGGGAGUCUGCACAUUCCGAGGCGGCGCCUGCUAGGAGAAAUAAAUCAGAAUGAGUUACACAGAAAAACCCGAUGAAAUCACAAAGGACGAGUGGAUGGAGAAGCUCAAUAACUUGCAUGUCCAGCGGGCAGACAUGAACCGUCUCAUCAUGAACUACUUGGUCACAGAGGGCUUUAAGGAAGCAGCAGAGAAGUUUCGGAUGGAAUCUGGGAUCGAACCUAGUGUUGAUCUAGAAACGCUCGACGAGCGAAUCAAAAUCCGGGAGAUGAUACUGGAAGGCCAGAUUCCCGAGGCCAUCGCACUGGUCAAUAGCCUCCACCCGGAGCUUCUGGACACAAACCGCUAUCUUUACUUCCACCUACAACAACAGCACCUGAUCGAGCUGAUCCGCCAGCGGGAGACGGAGGCGGCGCUGGAGUUCGCGCAGACCCAGCUGGCCGAGCAGGGCGAGGAGAGCCGGGAGUGCCUGACCGAGAUGGAGCGCACGCUGGCCCUGCUGGCCUUCGACAACCCCGAGGACUCGCCCUUCGGAGACCUGCUCAACAUGAUGCAGAGGCAGAAGGUGUGGAGUGAAGUGAACCAAGCUGUCCUGGAUUAUGAAAAUCGUGAGUCAACACCCAAGCUGGCAAAGCUACUGAAACUCCUCCUUUGGGCUCAGAGUGAGCUGGACCAGAAGAAAGUCAAGUAUCCCAAAAUGACCGACCUCAGCAAAGGCGUGAUCGAGGAGCCCAAGUAGAGUCUGGGCGGGGGCCCCAUUUCACCGCUCGGGCCGGCAGAGCACCGUCUGGGACUGAAGAUUUGUACGGCAGCAGAGAACUCUUUCCUCCCCCCUUUUACUUUUUUUUCUGACCCAGAAUAUUUUCGAAAGGGAAAAGUAGCCCUUUUAAGUGCUGGAGAACGCGCAGUGAAAGACACCGUCUCUUCCUGCUGGCGAGGAAGGCUGGCGAGGACCGCACCGUGGCCUGACCUCAGUGCUCUGGGCGUCUCGGCUCCCAAGGCGCCGCAUCUUAGGGACGCUGGUCGGCCCGAGGCCCCCGCUCGGAGCAUUGGGGCGGCACUGACGGCCGUCUCGCUCUCUGUUUGCGUCGAGGCAGGCAGCGCGCCCUCACCCUCCCACGUCUCGGCUGGCCUUCGUGUAGAAGUAUUUCCUGCCCCCCUUGGUUUUGGUUUGUUUUCGUUUUUUCAUAGGAAAGACUAUAUAAAUUUGUAAAUCCCAAUUCAAAGACUU